UUAUCCGUCAAUUACAAUCCCAAACACCCGUCAACUCCCAACCUCCCUCCUUCUCCAUUAAACCUGCAAAAAAACAUCCUUUGUUAUCCUAAGAACCUAAUCGAAGCAAAAGGAGACAAGGUCAUAUGUUAAAGUCGAAAUGGUGUACGUAAUGUGGCAGAUCAUACCAAAAAAUGAAGUUGUCGACGUAUCAUCCUUAUAUGCGGGUGCACCCACAUGGUUUAGUAUUAAGCUUCAUCAUGGUGGGAAGUUUACUAAGUUACCUGAUAUAAAGUAUACUGGAGGUGAAGUGCGUUAUGUUGAUUAUGUGGACAUAGAUGAGUUUUAUGUACAUGAACUUGAUGCCAUAAUGCUUGACCUAGGUUACCCGGACCCACAGAUGAUUGAAUUGAUCGAUGAAUCCCCAGUGAUAUACUAGCAUUUCAAGAUACCCAAUGGUGAGUUUCAAUUUAGUCUUAGAGCUUUAAGGAAUGAUCAGGAUGUUAUCAAUCUUUCUAAAUUUAUUCUAAAUAACAAGUUGAUUGAGGUGUACACAGAACAUGGGAAGACCAAUCUACUCACUUACUUCAUGUCUCCAAAUGCAAAGGGUAAAGUUGUCAUUGAGGAAUUACCAAAAAAUGAUGAUCAAGGGGUUGAAUAUGAGGUUGAAGUUCAUGCAGAAUCUCCAUUGAGAAAUAUGAAUUGUGUCAAUGAUGAGCCAAUUGGUGAGUACAUGUCUUUGAUUCUUUUUGGGAGUAAAAGUGAUGCAUUCUCACCAGAGGCUUAAUUUAGAAGGGGUAGAGUUGGGAAUUCAAAAGGAGGGGAAGGUUCUUAUAGUAAGAGGCUUAAUUUAGAGGAUAUUGAUGAUUUAAAAGAGAAGGAAAACACUAAUGGGGGUGUUAAGGAGG